GUUUGAUUUACUCUUUUUCUUUAUUGUUCUUUUAUCACUACCUGAAACACUCUUGCUCCUUUCUUUUUAAGAGGCAAUUUGCAAUGGUUUUUUUUUUUGCUAGCAAAUAUAAUGGUAAAAUAUCAACUGUUCAUUGUCAGACUGCUUUAAAGCCUACUUUCAAUGCGGCUAUUUGAGGUAUCAUUGUAAUGGAAUAUGCUAUUCGAAUCAAUAUAUGUGUAAUAAGUAACUGUCUUUGAAUAUCCAUACGUGUGACUAGUUUCACGACCUUGUGCUUGAAAAACGCGUUUUGAAAAAAUUCCAUUUCUCUCUUUCGAUAUAAUAUGAGCUCAAUAGAAAACAAUAAUAGCACUAUCAGUAACAACGACGCCUUUUCAAACAAAAAACCCGAGGAGCACUCUGCCUCUCUAAAACAAAUCCUUGCUAGAUCUAAGCUAACAAAUAAUAAAAUCCUUCCUCAAGAACUUCCUACUAUUGAAAGAGGACUGAAUCAGAUUGAAUCACAAUCUCAAAAACUUUCUUUCAAGACUACAAGCUCAGAUGAAGGUGUUGAUGUUCGAGCACAUUAUUUUUUGGCACAAGGAGGAGUGAACACGCAUGUUUUAAUGAAAGAAUUGGGAACUAUUCAUUUAGGAGGACUUGAAGAACAUAGACAACCUAUUCAAGAUACUGAUAUUGAGAAACAUAUUGAGCAACAAAGCACAGAGACUGUUAUAAAGGUCAUUGAAGAUGGACGCCAAGAGAUUAUGGACGAAACAAAUCAAUUGUUUGAAAAGGAUUUGGACAGCUAUUGGAGCACUUUAUUGAACAACACAUUAAAAGUAAAUGCAGCUGAAAAGCGAACCUUUAACUUGUCCAAAACCAAGUUUGAUCAAACCCGUGUGGUUCCUGCUGGACACGUUGGGUUUAGUAAUUACUACAAUAAAUAAAGAAGCAAGUUUAUUUAGGAAG